UCCAUUUUAUUUGUAAGACAAGGAAACACCUGUCCCAGGUAGUUUCAAGUAUUGCAUAUUUGCUCUAUUAAAGAGAAGGAAAUUGCAUCAACCAGAGUAUAAAAAUGAAGUUAAUAGAAUGUGUGUACCCGCCAAGUACAUGAUCUACUUUGAGCUGUUUAUCCGCCACAAAGGACAAAAAUCGUGGCCGAAAAAAGCUGCCACUUGAAGAUUUAAGAGAGAGAGUGUGUGUCAGAGAAAGCAGAUAGACAGGGUGCAAAACAGAGUAUAACAUAAGGAAAUGAGACAGAGUGCACUGUUUUUCCAUUGAUUUUCUUGGGUGGUUUUGACGUUUUUCGCUUAAUAUUUAUUCCCUUUUAGUAGUGCUCCUGAAAAUCAAGAGGCUUUGAGAUGGAUGACAAGACUGAAGUUUUGGAGGCUGUGGUAAAAGAAGCUGUGGACUUGGAGAACGUACCAAUUGAAGAGGUUUUUCUGACCUUGAGAUGCAACAAAGAUGGUCUCACAACAGUGUCUGCUCAGGAAAGGUUGGCCAUUUUUGGCUACAACAAGCUUGAAGAGAAAAAGGAAAGUAAGUUUUUGAAGUUCUUAGGAUUUAUGUGGAACCCUCUCUCAUGGGUUAUGGAAGCUGCAGCUAUUAUGGCCAUUGCGCUUGCCAAUGGAGGAGGAAAACCACCUGAUUGGCAAGAUUUUGUUGGGAUUAUUGUUCUGCUACUUAUCAAUUCAACCAUAAGUUUUAUAGAGGAGAACAAUGCUGGAAACGCUGCUGCUGCUCUAAUGGCCCGACUUGCACCCAAAGCUAAGGUCCUUAGAGAAGGGAGGUGGGUUGAAGAGGAUGCAGCUAUUCUUGUUCCUGGUGAUAUAAUUAGUGUUAAGCUUGGGGACAUUAUUCCUGCAGAUUCUCGCCUUCUUGAUGGUGAUCCCUUGAAAAUUGAUCAGUCUGCACUUACAGGGGAGUCCCUUCCUGUGACGAAAGGCCCUGGUGAUAGUGUUUAUUCAGGUUCCACGUGCAAACAAGGUGAGAUUGAGGCAGUGGUCAUUGCUACUGGUGUUCAUACCUUCUUUGGCAAGGCUGCUCACCUUGUGGAUUCCACAAAUCAAGUGGGACACUUUCAAAAGGUGUUGACUGCAAUUGGGAAUUUCUGUAUAUGUUCAAUUGCCGUGGGGAUGAUUAUAGAGAUCAUUGUUAUGUACCCAAUUCAACACCGGAAGUACCGCCCAGGAAUUGACAAUCUGCUGGUGCUUCUUAUUGGAGGAAUUCCCAUUGCCAUGCCCACAGUUUUAUCUGUGACAAUGGCAAUUGGGUCCCAUCGCUUAUCUCAGCAGGGAGCUAUCACUAAAAGAAUGACAGCAAUUGAAGAAAUGGCAGGGAUGGAUGUGCUUUGCAGUGACAAAACUGGGACUCUGACACUGAACAAGCUUACAGUUGACAAGAAUCUCAUAGAGAUCUUUGCAAGGGGAGUGGACGCAGAUACUGUUGUUCUGAUGGCAGCUCGAGCAUCCCGAGUGGAAAAUCAAGAUGCAAUAGACACUGCUAUAGUGGGAAUGUUGAGUGAUCCAAAGGAGGCUCGAGUUGGUAUUCAAGAGGUUCACUUCCUUCCAUUCAACCCAACUGAUAAGCGAACAGCUUUAACAUAUAUAGACAGUGAGGGUAAAAUGCAUCGGGUCAGCAAAGGUGCACCAGAGCAGAUUUUGAAUCUUGCACACAAUAAAUCAGAGAUAGAACGUAGAGUCCAUGCUGUGAUUGAUAAGUUUGCAGAGCGAGGAUUACGUUCUCUUGCAGUAGCAUACCAGGAAGUUCCUGAUGGGAGGAAAGAGAACCAAGGAGGGCCAUGGCAGUUUAUUGGUCUCAUGCCCUUAUUUGACCCGCCUAGACAUGAUAGCGCAGAGACAAUACGAAGAGCAUUGAAUCUUGGGGUGAAUGUUAAGAUGAUCACAGGUGAUCAACUGGCAAUAGCAAAGGAAACAGGACGCCGUCUGGGAAUGGGAACCAACAUGUACCCUUCAUCUGCUUUGUUAGGACAGAACAAAGACGAGUCAAUAGCUGCUUUGCCUGUUGAUGAUCUGAUUGAAAAAGCUGACGGAUUUGCUGGAGUUUUCCCUGAGCACAAAUAUGAGAUAGUAAAACGUCUGCAAGCUAGGAAGCAUAUAUGUGGAAUGACUGGUGAUGGAGUUAAUGAUGCUCCGGCUCUUAAAAAGGCUGACAUCGGCAUAGCUGUCGCUGAUGCAACUGAUGCGGCUCGUAGUGCUUCUGACAUUGUUCUGACAGAACCUGGUCUUAGUGUUAUCAUUAGUGCUGUACUGACUAGUCGGGCAAUAUUCCAGAGGAUGAAAAAUUACACGAUAUACGCAGUUUCCAUUACAAUACGUAUUGUGCUUGGUUUUAUGUUACUUGCUCUCAUAUGGCAGUUUGACUUCCCACCCUUCAUGGUGCUGAUUAUUGCUAUCCUUAACGAUGGUACCAUUAUGACAAUAUCGAAGGAUAGGGUGAAGCCAUCUCCUCUUCCAGAUAGCUGGAAGCUAGCUGAGAUCUUUACAACCGGAAUAAUUCUUGGUGGUUAUUUGGCUAUGAUGACAGUCAUUUUCUUCUGGGCAGCAUACAAGACAGACUUCUUUCCUCGUACAUUUGGGGUUCGAAGCCUUAAGCAAGAGGAUGAUUUUAGAAGGCUUGCCUCAGCAGUAUAUCUGCAAGUGAGUACUGUAAGUCAGGCCCUCAUAUUCGUGACAAGAUCCCGGACUUGGUCUUUUGUUGAGCGUCCUGGCUUGUUGCUUGUAGCAGCUUUUAUUGUUGCUCAGCUGUUUGCCACACUGAUUGCUGUUUACGCAAACUGGAAAUUUGCUGCAGUUCAAGGGAUUGGAUGGGGCUGGGCUGGUGUUAUCUGGCUCUAUAACAUCAUCUUUUAUAUCCCUCUUGAUUUUAUCAAGUUCUUUACCCGAUAUGCCUUAAGUGGGAGGGCUUGGGAUCUUGUUAUUGAGCAAAGGAUUGCCUUCACAAGGAAAAAGGAUUUCGGGAAGGAAGAACGGGAGCUUAAAUGGGCACAUGCACAAAGGACACUCCAUGGGCUUCACCCACCCGAGUCCAAGAUGUUCACUGAGCGCGCAAGUUACUCAGAACUUAAUCAAAUGGCUGAAGAGGCAAAAAGACGAGCUGAGAUUGCUAGACUAAGAGAAAUGAAUACAUUGAAAGGACAUGUUGAAUCAGUGGUGAGAUUGAAGGGGCUUGAUAUAGAUACAAUUCAGCAAUCAUACACUGUCUGAUAGAUCGUACACUUCCAUUCCUCAUGGUGUAAUGAUGGAAGCAAAAGAGCCAUAGUUUGUCAUUCUAUUGUAUAAAUCAUAUCCACCUACAUUUAUAUAUAAUUACUACAGUUGUUUCUAAACAUGUGCGAGUCUGCUUGAUUGUAAAUUGGGCUGCUAUUCGUUUCUCUUUCUUUAACAUUUCUUUUUUUUUAA